AUGAGCUUCCCAGGGAAAACCGUCCUGGGGCAAACAGGGGAAUGUGCGUCCCUAGGGUCUUCUCAAGACAACCUAUUUGAUGACUCGCUUUUGGAUGAGCUGAUCAUAGAUGAUCUAAACGGUGUUGUGCCGCGCGGCAUUGCCGUUCAUUUCUUUAGAAACAAAAGUGCAUGUGAAGCUCCAUGUAUGGAAAAUGUUAAAGAGAAAGAAGUAGAGCUCCCUGAGGAGAAGCAGAAGCCCCAAGACAAAGAAGUAGUGAAUGAACAGCGAAAGUCCCAAGAGAAAGAAGUAGAGCUCCCUGAGGAGAAGCAGAAGCCCCAAAAGAAAGCAUUAGAGAAGAAACGGAUAAAGCCCCAAAAGAAAAGAGUAGAGCUCUCUGAUGAUACGCAGAAAAGGUUCCAAGAGACAGAAGUAGAGCCUUCUGAGGAGACUCAGAAAAAGCCCCUAGAAACUCCUUGCGUGGAAACUGUAGAAGAGGAUGAAAUUGUAGAACACUUUGAAGAGGAGAAAAAAAAUCUCCAAAAAACCAAGCUCAACUUGAAACCGAACGUCGUUAUUAAACAAGUUAUUAAAGGAUCCAGAAAAUAUGAUAAAGUACGCUAUUGUUAUUAUUGUUUCAAAGCUGAAAGUAACAAAAUGAGUCGGCAUUUUGAUACAUUUCACAAAAAUGAAUCGUUAGUUUUGCAAGCGUCUAUACAUCCAGCCAAGUCUCCCGAAAGGAGAAAGCAGCUCACGUACCUCACCCGCUUAGGGGAUUUUCAUCACAACAUGGAAGUCUUACAAAAAGGUGAAGGAGAGUUGGUCGUCCUCAAAAGGACGUCUGAAGAGGAAAAAAAUUUAUCAUAUUCAGACUAUGGACCGUGUCCAGAAUGUCACGGUUUUGCCGUACUAAGUAGAUUAUUUGAUCAUGUCAAGGUUUGUCCCCUUGCGAAAUCCUCUUCAAAGAGGAAUUUCACUGAUGAAGAGGAAGCCGGAGAAAGGAGGCAAGUCUUGAAGGAAUCAAGGUCCAUUUUGAUAGGGUACAGUGGUACCUCCGAUACUAAUUUUAAUGAAAAAGUAUUAAAUAAUUUAUUGAGCGACGAGCUAGGUUCUCUAAUCAGAGAGGACGAAUUGAUAAAGCAAUUCGGAUUAUAUAAAUAUAGGAAGGCUAACGACAUGGCCAAGUACGAAUAUAUUCGGCAGGACAUGCGCCAACUGGCCCGUCUCUUGAGGUCCAUCAACUCGAUUCGGUUGAAUAAUUCGGCCCAUCCCGUGCAACCUUUGCCUUUAUCGCACUUCAUCAACGCAGAAAAUUUUGACCUUGUAGUUGAUGCAGUGCUUCUUGAGUGUCAGUUUCGACCAAGUGAAAAAGUCACUGAGAAGUCGACUUUUGGCACUCCAUCUAUGGCCUUGAAACUGGGUUAUCAUUUGCAGCGCUGUGCGCAGAUACUACAAGGACAAGCGCUCCGAAAAUAUAGUAAACCCGAUUUACAGCGAUAUAAAGGCUUUUUAAAACUCUACGAAAACGAGUGGUGUGAAAGAGUAUCGAGUAACGCUCUAGGUACUUUCGCCGUCAGGCACAAAAAUAGAGUAGAGGAGCUUCCUCUAACAGAAGAUGUUAAGGCUUUUUCAAAUUCUCUAGAUGGGAAUUUGAUGAAGGCAAUUACAGAGUUUGAGCAAAAUCCAUCAAAAGAGACAUACCGGCAACUCAUUUAUGUAUGUUCUGCAAAACUAACUACGUUUAAUAAACAGAGAAGCGGAAUUGCCGGGCGUUUGCUUCUUUCCGACUGGAAGGCCCGACCAAAGGAAGUGCAUGCCACUGAUGAGUUUCUACAAACACUUUCUUCUCUAGAAAAACGACUUUGUAAAGUGUAUCAAGUAGUACAAGUUGACAAUAAAAGAAAAGGGCAUGUUUGGCUUAUUGUUCCUACGACUCUUGUGAAAGGAAUUGAGAUGCUCGUUGAGUAUCGGUGUCAUGAGGAAAUUACCAAAUUUAUCAAUCCCGAAAAUCCGUUCGUUUUCCCCAUCGUAGAUGGGAACUCCUUGAACAGUAUCAGGGGUGAUAAAUGUGUCACGUACCUUCUGAAGCAAACGAACAUUAAACGCCCGGAACUGUUAUCGGCCCGAGCAAUGCGGAAGUACACCGCCACCGUAAUACAGUAUUUAAACCUCCCCAAAAAUCAAAUGUCUUGGGUCACGAAACACCUUGGGCAUAAUUUAGAUGUUCAUCUUACUUACUACAGACAGCACGAAACUGCCCUUGAAAUCGCCAAAGUGUCCAAGCUAUUACUUGCCAUAGAUAGUGGAAAUUUAGUCCAAUUCAAAGGGAAAAACCUUGACGAUAUAACGCUGGAUGAAAUACCUCUGAACAUCUCCAAUAUAGAUGAAGAUAAAGAUGAAGAGGAAAUAGAAGAAGAAGAAGAAGAAGAGGAAGAAGACGACGGAAAAAAAGAGGAAAAUGAAACAACUGAAAAACUAGAUGAAACUAAUGGAACCCAUGAAGAGAAAGAUGAAAUGGAGGAGGAAGAUUUAGCUCUGGACACCUAUGAACCAACGACUUCUCUGAGAACUGUUCCUAGAACUCGAAAACCUCUUAAAGCAAUUGGAAAUGUUCGAGAUGAAUGCCAAUUUCCAAGGAAAAGACAGAAAGAAGAAAGAAAUCAAGUGAAAAUAACAGGAGCAUCAAGAAGUGAGGCGGCCUUUCAACGACGACCUUGGUCACAAGCAGAAGAAAAUUCGAUCCUUGAAUAUUUCCGAAUUCAAAUUAGAGACAAAACAUGUAUCGGGAAAGGAGAUGCUGAAGCUUGUAUAUCUCAGUAUGGCAGUAUCUUAAAAAGCAGACGAUGGCAAGAUAUCAAAUAUAAAGUUAAGAAUUUACAAGCUGUUCAACAGAGAGCUAUUAAGAAAGCCAAAGAAAUGGUAAAGGGCCGCAAGUAAGGUGUUUCCUGCAACCCUUUCGGUGAAUUCCAGUUCCUACCUUUCUCUUUAUAUAUUUUAUAUUCUUUAUAUUCUAUUGUUGUUUUACUUUAUAUGGAGCGCGUUUCCGUCAAGGCAGGUUUUCUCAGCUUGAGCAAAAUUCUCUUCAUGCAUGUGUCUUCUUCACUGUAAAUUCUGAUCGAUUCAGAUAAUUGUUAACGUUACCCAGUUGAUCUACAAUCAUGGGAGGCAAACGAAAACCAGCCCAGAGAAUGAAGAAUAAUGUUAGAGUAAGUUUUAAUGUUUUAAUUCCUGUUAAAUUCCCUGCAAACCACUCAAUUUUUAGGCCUCUACAGUAUUUUUAACGUUUAAAAAACUUUAUUUUGGUCCUAGAUCUAUCAGGUACUGUCUCACUCUGAAAAGUGAUAGCAAUGUGUGCAAACGUUACGUCAGGCUUGCUACGCCUGGCGAUUCCUUCUGUUGUAUGACCUCCCCUUGAUGUGUUGUUUUUGCUCUUGGAUGAGCUGAAUUGGACCGCGUUAAACAGAAAGGAA